CGUCCAACCUUAUUUAAUUACACGUCCUUGUCACAUCCAAUCAGUUGACGUUGCGUCACUCAUAGCCGCCCAAGCAGGUGACGCAGCAGUAACGGGAUCCCGGUGAUUGGCUACGGGUAUUGGGAUUGAUAUGCGCACGACAAUCUGCCACCACGGCUGAUAACGGGCUCCGGUUGGCUGAUAAUUUGCCUUUAUUGGCUAGCAUACAUAGAGCACUCUAAACUGAUUGGCCAGCACCUCACAAACACCUCGUCUCUGAUUGGUUUGCAUUAUACGACGAACCUUACCUUUGAUUGGCAGGCAGCAUAAGUGAUUGGCUGGUAUUAUAGAAUGGCGGUUAUCAUAAAUAUGAUCUCACCUGUGAUUGGCUGAUAAAAUACAGAGGAUAUCACCUGCGAUUAACGGAUAGCAUAAAUAUGAUCUCAUCUGUGAUUGGCUGAUAAAAUACAGAGGAUAUCGGAUAGCAUAAAUAUGAUCUCACCUGUGAUUGGCUGAUAACAUACAGAGGAUAUCACCUGCGAUUGACAGUUUGUGUAUAAUGGAUCUCAGCUGUGAUUGCAGGAAAGUUUACAGUGGAUCUUACCUUUAACUGGUUAAUAGUAUCCUUUGGCUGUCACCUGUGAUUGGCUGACAGUAAACCCGGGACCUUUUUUGUCAUUGCAGGGAGUAUACUGAGGGUCUCACCUGUGAUUGGCUCUUGAUUAGCUUAAAUUCCAGGAGUCAUCUGUGAUUGGCUGACAGUAAACCCGGGAUCUUUUUUGUCAUUGCAGGGAGUAUACUGUGGGUCUCACCUGUGAUUGGCUCUUGAUGAGCUUACAUUCCAGGUGUCACCUGUGAUUGGCUGACAGUAAACCCGGGAUCUUUUUUGUCAUUGCAGGGAGUAUACUGUGGGUCUCACCUGUGAUUGGCUCUUGAUUAGCUUACAUUCCAGGAGUCAUCUGUGAUUGGCUGACAGUAAACCCGGGAUCUUUUUUGUCAUUGCAGGGAGUAUACUGUGGGUCUCACCUGUGAUUGGCUCUUGAUUAGCUUACAUUCCAGGAGUCACCUGUGAUUGGCAGUUGUGAUUUCACCAUGCAGUGUGGGGAUGGUACAGAUAGUGUGAAGGAGGGCUCCGCAUCACUGGGGGCAACAAGUCAGGAUUCUGCUGGACUAAAUAGGUUCACUGAAAACGGCACCUGCCACGAAUGCCCCUUCAUGGAGGCUGGUGACUGUGUGCCCAGCACUGGCAUCUCUGUGAGCGAGUCUCAUUCAGCUCACUCCAAUAAAGCGUCUGUAAAGCAGCACCCACCUAGCAAUAAUGACUCUAAAUCAGGCGUUGUAUCACCCUCACAAUGGGAGACAAAAUGCACCGCCAAGGAUCCAUUAGCUCCUUCUAAGUCAGAUAUUGAUCCUCAUGUGAAGUGUCAGUCUCCCCAGACCCCAGCACCUAGUAUGGAGCCACUGUCCCCCAAACAAAGGAGACUGGAGAUUAGCCCUCACUUACAGCUAAGAGCAUUCACUUUUUGUAAGGAGUAUCUGACGGGAGCUUGGAGAGACAUCCGGCCCGAUGAAAUGAGAGUGUCCGUGGUCAGCGGUGGGCUCAGUAAUCUCCUGUAUAAGUGCAGUCUCAUAGACUCUGUGCAUUCUGUCUCUUCGGAACCACGUCAAGUGUUGCUGCGUCUGUACGGCGCCAUCUUACAGGGUGUAGACUCACUGGUUCUAGAAAGCGUAAUGUUUGCUAUUCUCGCUGAGCGCACUCUUGGUCCAAAGUUGUACGGAGUGUUUCCGCAGGGUCGACUGGAGGAGUAUAUCCUGAGCCGCCGUUUGUUGACCUCGGAACUCAGUAAUCGGAGUCUUUCUCAGGAGAUAGCCGUAAAGUUGGCAAGAUUCCAUGGCAUGGAGAUGCCGUUCAACAAGGAGCCACUCUGGCUAUUUACAACAAUGGAGAGGUACAUCGCUCAGAUUCUCUCUCUCUCAUUUACACAAGACGAUCUCGCUGCCAAGUUCAGGAAGCUACAAAGUUAUGGUUUGCAGGACGAGAUGCAGACACUGAGACAACUUCUGGAAUCGACAUCGUCCCCUGUUGUUUUUUGCCACAAUGAUGUUCAGGAAGGUAACAUCCUUUUCCUCUCCUCACGUUCUUCCUCCCCAUCGGACAGACUGAUGCUCAUAGACUUUGAGUACAGCAGCUACAAUUACAGGGGAUUUGAUGUGGGUAAUCACUUCUGUGAGUGGGCGUAUAACUAUCACCACCCUGAGUGGCCAUUCUACAAGGAGUCGCUAAGCGAUUACCCCACACGGGAGCAGCAGGUAUCUAAUAUUUUUUUACAACAUACCUCUUAUGUCCCCCUCUCUCAUACUGUACGCUCUCAUACCCUCUGUCACUGUCUCAUACUGUGCGCUCUCGUACCCUCUGUCACUGUCUCAUACUGUGCGCUCUCCUACCUUCUGUCACUCUCAUACUGUGCACUCUCCUACCCUCUGUCACUCUCUCUCAUACUGUGCACUCUCCUACCCUCUGUCACUCUCUCUCAUACUGUGCGCUCUCCUACCCUCUGUCACUCUCUCAUACUGUGCGCUCUCCUACCCUCUGUCACUCUCUCUCAUAUUGUGCGCUCUCCUACCCUCUGUCACUCUCUCUCAUACUGUGUGCUCUCUUACCCUCUGUCACUCUCUCUCAUACUGUGUGCUCUCCUACCCUCUGUCACUCUCUCAUACUCAUGA